AUGAAAGUAGAUACAUAUCAAAUAUAUUGGCAUGAUGCCUUGCCCAUUUACUCUGCAGAUUUCGAACCGAGUUCAACUGGUCGCUUAGCAACAGCUGGUGGUGAUAGCAACGUGCGGAUGUGGAAAGUCACAAAAAGUACAAAAAGUGAUGAUACUUUGCCAAGGAUUGAUUAUCUUUCUACCUUAAAUAGACAUACUGCACCUGUUAACGUUGUUAGGUUCGCACCAACAGGAGGAAUUCUGGCAUCUGCUGGUGAUGAUGGUAGUAUAAUUUUGUGGUCUUUGAAUGAAGAUCAAGAAUCAAAACAUGUCUCAUUGGUUGGGAAUUCUGAAAAUGAUGCUGAACUUGAACGUGAAAGCUGGCGAGUAAAGAAAUUUUUAAGAGGUUCUGCAGCAGACAUAUAUGAUCUUGCAUGGUCACCUGAUGGAAAAUACAUUAUUACUGGUUCUAUCGACAAUACGGCACGAAUAUGGAAUGUUAAUGGAGGAACAUGUCUAUAUGUUUUAGCUGGUCAUAGUCAUUAUGUACAGGGGGUCGCUUGGGAUCCUUUGGGAAAAUCCGUCCAUAUUUAUUCGUAUCAGAUACAAGAUGAUGGUUCUUUUGCAAUCACUGAUCUUGGAAAGAAUCUGAUUUACAAACGUGAUGUCAUCAAAGACAACAGUAAUAGUAAUGACACUACACCUGAUAAUUCGCCGAUCAAACAAACUCAAAAUGGGGUCUCACUUGAUCCGAAUUUAUUUACCAAAGGAGAAAAUGUCCUCUUGUCUAAAUUUAAUGCUGUUCAUGCGAGCAACGAGAAACUAGGAUCUCAUGAAUCUCAUUCUUCAGCAACCACAAAAACGAUGAAUACUCUCAUUGCAGAAAAUUCAGUGUUCAAUAACGAUAAUGAGUCAUUAUCUCCGGUAAUACAUCCUCGAACACUUCAAGAUACAGCAACAGAUAUGGUUGCAGAAUCAUCGUUAAAUACUCCACCGAAAACAACACCAUCAAAACCAUUCUCGAAAUCAUUUCGGAUGUAUUGUGAUGAAACUUUGAAAUCAUUUUUUAGAAGGUUGGCAUUUACACCGGAUGGAUCACUUCUCCUGACUCCAGCGGCUCUUUAUCGAAAUUCAACGACACAAAAUGAAGUGCAACAAACCACAAGAAUCCAUAAAGAAGCAAAAAAUGCAGUUUAUUUAUAUUUACGCAAUAAAUUAAACAAGAUGCCUAUUGCAUGUCUUAAAGGAUUCGAAAAAUCAUCAAUUUGCGUGAAAUGCAGUCCUGUACUAUACAAGUUACGUGUUAUCGAGUCCUCUUCAUUCCCAAGCGAAAUUGAUGCAUCUUUGUCAAAAAUGAGUAUCACUGAAAAAAACAAUCCAUCAAAGUUUCUCGACUUACCAUAUCGUAUAAUAUAUGCAGUUGCAACACAAGACGCGGUCUUUAUUUAUGAUACACAACAAUUGAGUCCACUGGCGAUGGUGACAAAUCUGCAUUAUGCAACCUUUACGGAUGUGACUUGGUCUAUUGAUGGGAAUAUUCUGAUCAUCGCUUCUGCCGAUGGCUUUUGUUCUGUCUUAUGGUUUGAUGAAGGAGAAUUGGGUGAACCAUAUUAUAAUAGAAAUGUUAUUAAUGAAAAGCCAAAAAUUUCCAACACUAUCACUAUCAAUAAUAUACCUAAAGACAAUGUUGUCAUGACUGCUAUUGAUGAUUCUUUGCGAGUCGAAGCUCAAUUAUCGCCUCAAACCAACUUGUCUUUGGUUCCACAAGAUCAAAAAGAUCAAAAUGGCACCAACACCCUUUGUUCACCAAAUCAGCCAAAUAUCGAUCAAUCACAAACACCCAACAAUCAAAAGAGGAGAAUUGUACCAACUUUAGUUCAAUCAUUAGAUAUCUAA